AACUUAUCAAAACACAUUUUAUCUAUUAAUUCCAUAAGAAAUGGAUAUUCCACGCGUUGGAUGAGAUUGAUAAAGAUUAAAUGCAAGAAAAAAACCAACUGGUUUAAGACAAAGAUGGUGUCUUUGGUUUGCAUGUCUGGUGGAGAACCGUCAUUUCAGGUAAGUUCUUGACCGUUUCUAUUAAUAGUCGAAGCAAAGCUUACCACCGAUACUUUUAGAGAAUCGUGAGUUGAAACAUAAAUCUAUCAAGCCAACCUGUCUCUGUCCUUCCCUGGAGAAAACAACAGAGAAGAGAAGAGACAAGAACAAGAGGUCAUGAUCUCGGUCUGCUCUGACUCACCAAGGUCAUGAUCUUAUUAUGUCUCUCCAUUGAUUGAUCACUCCAUUUCUCCCUAAACUUUUUUGAAGUUUUUAUCAGUCACUUCACUUUCCUUCGUGAUUUCGUCGCCGCGAAAGGCAUAUGGCGAAGCGAUCAUUCAAGUGUUUUGUGGAGCAGGAGCUGGGAAAGUUCCCGCUCUUCGUGAUCUACGCCAUGCUCGAAUGGUUGCUCAUCAUCAUGCUGUUCGUCGACGGGUUAGUGGCGUUCGCCGCCAAUGAAUUCGCCAGGUUCUUCGAGAUGCGGGUUCCUUGCCUUCUCUGCACGAGGAUCGAUCACGUGCUGGUCCGGAGGACUCCUGAUUUCUACUACAACGACUCCGUGUGCGAAGCGCACAAGAAGGAAGUGUCGUCCCUCGCGUACUGUCACGUCCACAAGAGAUUGUCCGACAUCAGGAAGAUGUGCGAGGGGUGUCUUCUUUCUUUUGCGACCGAGAAGGAAUCCGACUGCGAUACCUACAAGUCCCUCGUGGGCAUAUUGCAUAAGGAUCUCGAAAGCUUCGUUCAGGAUGAUCCCGGGGUUCAUUUGGCAUUGCAUUCAGGAAAGAAGGAUGAGAGGGCUGAGGUCAAGAAGAGCGGUGAUCAACGGUGCACAUGCUGUGGAGAGCCGCUCAAAAUGAAGCCGUCUUCGCGUUCGAAGAAUGGCCAGAAAUCUGGAAAGUGCACUAGCCCGAUCGCGCAAGCUCCCGCUCCAUCUCCAAGAGGACCCUUCGUGACAUUGAGGAAUGAGGAGGCGUCUAACUUGAUGUUGCCUCAUAUCCGUUACACAGAACUAAAAUUCAACCCUGAUGCUGGAUCCGACAUUCCUGGCCACGAUGCGAGCUCGAAUGCGCAACUUCCUGACAACCAAGGUACAUUUGAGAUGAAAAUCGCUUCGGUGCCAUUGCUCACUGAGAGCGAUGACACUGGUGAAGCAAUCAGAACCCCUCCCUUUGCGAGGGGAAACAGGUUCUUUGGCAUCCCACUUACUGAUUCAGCUAACUCGAGCCCGAGGGUUGGUUUGAAACAGUUAAGGAAAUCGAUGCUUGACAAGGUAGAUUUUGCUUCUGAGCCCAGUGACGGCAGCAUAGCAAGUGAAGACUCUAUUUUGAGCCAUUUAAAGAGGCAGGUUCGCUUGGACCGCAAGUCGCUGAUGGCCAUGUACAUGGAGCUAGACGAGGAAAGAAGCGCCUCAGCUGUCGCUGCCAACAAUGCGAUGGCCAUGAUCACACGGUUACAAGCAGAGAAGGCGGCCGUCCAAAUGGAGGCCUUGCAGUACCAGAGAAUGAUGGAGGAGCAGGCAGAAUACGACCAAGAAGCCCUUCAAGAGAUCAGUAACUUGCUUGCUAAGAGAGAGGAAGACAUCAAAUUAUUGGAGACCGAACUUGAAGCGUACAGAGAGAAGUACGGAUGCUUGGAGGGUUUUGAAGUUCGUAAGAACAGAACAGCAGACAAGGAUUGCCAGGAGCCAAAGCCUCAGACCUAUUCGUUCUCCGACGGGGGUUCCGAAUGUGGAAGCCACUCUCCUAGUGUCAACGGAGGAGAAACCGUUGGGGAUAUUGCACAAGAUCACAUCAUCCUUGAUUCGUUGCAGGAGGAAAUAGGUAGCAGUGACUCUCCAGAAGAAAAGAUUUGAUCCCAGUAGGAGUACUACGCUUAAGAACGAGUGCAUUUCUUGGUUAGUCAUUAUCAGAGGAGGCGAGAAGUGGAGAUGGGAAUGUUACGACGACAGAAGCAUCUCAUCAUACGGAGUGUAAUAACAAUUUUAAAGAAGGACGUGAAGGGACUGCACUUCCAGAGCAAAACAUAUCAAGUUUUAAUAAAUUCAUUCCUGAUGGUAAUUUAUUUCCCAUACUUAGGUCCUAACAACUGACAAGACACAGAAAGGUUUGCCUGUAUA